GGAUUGUUUUUCCGGAGGAAAGAAACAAUGCAUUUGUGUAAAUGAUUCCCAAAACUGACUGUAAAAGUUUUUAUGUCACUUCUACUGGGAUCUCUGAUCUGAUCCCCACUUGUGCGCACAUCUCCUGUGACUUUCCCAGAAUGCAAGGUUUGGAUAGAACGCGACCCUCUCCAAACAGCCCAGUGAGAGGAACGUGCAGAGCCAUCCUGUGGGAGGUUUUAUCCCUCAUUUCAGCAGCUGCAGACACGAGUUAUAGGUGAGCUGCAAAGUUUCCCUUCAGUGCCAAACACCAGCUGUGAGCAGAAGAAGGGACGCUGGGAUGGUUUGCCGAUUUCCUGCGUGGACCAACUUUUACGCUGUUUGGAACUUUCUUUAGGUGGAGGAUUUGGAUUUUUAUGUUCUGGUGGUGACUAAUUAGUUAAACUGAAGUAUGCUCCUAAAUGAACUUUGAGAACAAAAAUUGACUGAGAAAACGUCCUGGAAGAGGAAAUGGAUAUCUUUUUAUUUUCUUUUUAUUUAGUAUUUAUUAAAGAAGCUUAUUUAUUCGGCUACACAACUGCCAGCAAUCUCCAACCCCAUAUGCCCAAUGUGUGCACAGAGAGGGAGGUGACUCUGGUUGCCCAGAGGCAGCCGUGUGUGCAGGCCUUCACACGCAUGGUUAAAGUGUGGAAGCAAGGCUGUGCAGGGCAACUGUGGUGCAUGGGAUACGAAAGGAGGACAGCAUAUUACACAGCAUACAGACAGGUUUACAAACAGGAUUUUCACACUGUACACAAGUGUUGCCCUGGAUGGUCUCAGCUCAAUGGAGAGGCAGGUUGUCUCUAUCCAAUGUGUAGCUAUGGAGUGUGCUUCAAUGGGGGCCGGUGUCGGGAAGGAUCUAACCAGCUUUGCGAUUGUCCUGCAGGAUUUAAUGGGCCCAGCUGCCAGUACGAUGUGAAUGAAUGUGAGGAAACAAAUGGUGGAUGUGAGGCUCUCUGCUGUAACACCAUCGGCAGUUUUUAUUGCAGAUGUCCCUCCGGACAGAAGCUGAAUGAAGAUGGCAAAACGUGUGAAGAUAUAGACGAAUGCCAGGUCCAUAAUGGAGGCUGUCAGCACAGAUGUAUUAACACCAGGGGCUCGUACUAUUGUGAAUGCCAUCCCGGCUCGAGGCUCCAUGUGGACGGACGCACCUGCCUCACUGUGCAUACAUGUGCUGUCCGCAAUGGAGGAUGUGAGCACUACUGUCUGCAGCGGUCAGCCUCUCAUUUCCGCUGCCGCUGCAAGCCAAAUUACAUACUGGCAGAGGAUGGAAAACAUUGUAUAUUGCAGAAUCCUUGUGCAACCCAGAAUGGAGGCUGUAUGCAUGAGUGUCGAGUUGAUGGAGGAAAGGCUUUCUGUGACUGUAAACUUGGCUAUCUGCUGGCGGAAGAUGGCAAAACCUGUGAAGAUAUUGACGAGUGUAAAACAGAGGAGACCAACUGUUCUCAUGGCUGCCGCAACACUUUGGGCUCCUAUGCUUGUGUUUGCAAUGCUGCCUAUGAGCUGGGAUCUGAUGGCAAACAGUGUUACAGGAUUGAGAUGGAGAUUGUGAACAGCUGUGAGAACAGCAAUGGUGGAUGCUCUCAUCACUGCCAGCAUUCCACCGGUGGACCUGUAUGCACCUGUAACCAUGGCUACCGUCUUGAUGAGGACCUGAAAACCUGUGUUGAUGUUGACGAGUGUGGAGAACGGAGCUCCUGUUGUGAGCAAGACUGCACCAACUACCCCGGAGGUUAUGAAUGCUACUGCUCAGCAGGAUAUAGACUCGGCGCUGAUGGAUGUAGCUGUGAUGAUGUAGAUGAAUGUCUGGCUGUGAAUGGUGGCUGUGAACACACGUGCCAUAACACUGCCGGCUCCUUUACCUGCUUCUGUGAUCGGGGUUUCCGUCUGGACGAGGACAGACGCUCCUGCAUCCCUCUUGAAGGUGCAGUUGAAGCCCUCUCCAGUGGAGGCGCCAUCGAGCUCCCCCUCAUUCCCCCCCAGCUCACCUUACUCCGGGAUUACGAUCAACCCCUGGAGCGCUACGACGACUAUGAAGAUGACGAUGGAGAACUGAGGGCUGAAAGCAGCUUAGCAGAGAAAUUUGUGUGUCUGGAUGACACCUUCGGCAGCGACUGCAGUCUGACUUGUGACGACUGCACUAAUGGAGGAAUAUGCAAUUUGUGGAAAAACGGUUGCGAUUGUCCAGACGGAUGGACGGGAAUCAUCUGCAAUCAGACCUGUCCUGUGGGGUAUCUUGGAAAAAACUGCUCCUUUGCCUGUAAAUGCAAAAACGGUGCCAGCUGUGAUCCAGUCAGCGGAAGCUGCCGCUGUCCUCCUGGAGUGAGCGGAGAUUUGUGUCAGGAUGGCUGCCCUAAAGGUUUCUAUGGAAAGCAGUGCAAUAAGAAGUGCAACUGUGCCAACAACGGCCGCUGCCACCGGACCUACGGAGCCUGUCUGUGUGAACCGGGACUCUAUGGCCGCUUCUGCCACCUUUCGUGUCCCAAGUGGACAUUUGGUGCUGGCUGCUCUCAAGAGUGUCUCUGUGACCAGAAAAACACAAAGGAGUGUCACCGCCACCAUGGCACCUGCAUCUGUAAACCCGGCUACCGGGGAAGCACCUGCAAGGAAGAAUGUAAACCAGGAACAUUUGGAUUCGGCUGUGAGCACAAGUGUGUUUGUCCACCAGGAGCGUCCUGUGAUCAUGUGACCGGAGACUGCCAACGCAAAUGUCCCGCUGGCCGUCAUGGGGAGAAAUGUGAGCAAGAGUGUCCAGAGGGAAUGUUUGGAUCUGGCUGCGUCCAACUGUGUAACUGCACUGGUGCACCAUGUGACAAAGAGACGGGACGAUGCCACUGUCCAGCUGGGACGUACGGGCAGCACUGUGAGAACUUGUGUCCAGAGCGGUUCUGGGGUCCUGGUUGCAAGGAAAUCUGCCCUUCCUGUGAGAAUGGGGGCGUUUGUGAUAAACACAACGGGUCCUGUAACUGCCCGCCUGGAUACAUGGGAAGGCUCUGCCAAAACUUGUGCCCAAGUGGACGUUUUGGUCUGAGAUGUCAGAUGAAAUGUUCCUGUGAGAACAAUGCUCGCUGUGAUCCAGUAAAUGGAAGGUGUAGCUGCGCUCCUGGAUGGACUGGACUCAACUGCAGAAGAGCCUGUGAUGCAGGACGCUGGGGAGCCGACUGCAAAGAAAGCUGCGACUGCAAAAACGGAGACGGCAGCUGUGAUGCUGUAACGGGCGUGUGUAGCUGUGAAGCAGGUUUCACUGGACCAAGCUGCCAUCAGAAAUGCCCAGCAGGUGUGUUUGGUCUGGGCUGUCAUCAUCGCUGUCAGUGUGAAAAUGAAGCCCUGUGUGACCAUGUGAGUGGAGCCUGUACAUGUCGGGCGGGAUGGACGGGCACAUUCUGUGAAAAGCCAUGUCCUCAGGGUUUCUACGGUCUGGACUGCCAGGAGAAAUGUUUCUGCCAGAACGGUGGAAGAUGCAACCACAUCAGUGGGGCUUGUUCCUGUCCUGCAGGCUGGAUCGGCCCAUUCUGUAACUUACCGUGCCCGACUGGGUUCUAUGGGCUGGGAUGUAACCAAACCUGUGGCUGUCACAAUGGCGGCAUCUGCCACCCGGCCAGUGGGCAGUGUGCGUGCAUGGCAGGCUGGACCGGGACCAACUGCACAGAAGAAUGCCCUGCUGGGUUUUACGGAAUAGACUGUCAGCAGCUCUGCUUGUGUCAGAACGGAGCCGCCUGCAACAAAACUGAUGGAAACUGCACUUGCCCUGAUGGAUGGACAGGCACGGCCUGUGAACUGGAGUGCUCAGCGGGCCAUUUCGGGGCAGACUGCCAGCAGCGGUGUGAAUGUGAGAACGGUGGCCUGUGUGACAGACGGACAGGACGCUGUAGCUGCAGCGCUGGCUGGGUUGGAGAGCGCUGCGAGAAAGCGUGUGAAGCAGGCCUGUAUGGGGCUGGCUGCAACGAACGCUGUCAGUGCAUGCACGGGGUUUCCUGUCAUCAUGUGACCGGCGAGUGCAAAUGUCCUCCUGGAUGGAGGGGAAAGCUCUGUGACAAAGCCUGUUUGCCCGGUACAUUCGGGGAAGGCUGCAUGCAGCACUGCAGCUGUGCAGAAGGAAAUUCCUGCCACCAUGUCUCUGGAGAGUGCGGCUGUCCUCCUGGAUUCACCGGCAACGGCUGUGAACAGACUUGUAUUCCAGGAUUUUUUGGCCCAAACUGUAACCAGGUUUGUCAAUGCUCAGAGACGAACCAGCUCUGCCAGCCAGUGACUGGAUCGUGCUACUGCGCUCCAGGUUUCCAUGGCUCCAAAUGUGACCAAGUGUGUAAAGAGGGUCGCUAUGGUCUGAACUGUGAGAGAGAGUGUCGCUGUGAAAAUGGAGGGAGGUGUGUCCCUUCAACCGGAGCUUGCGAAUGUCCAGCUGGGUUCAUAGGCCCGCGCUGCAACAUUGCUUGUCCCGCGGGGCGUUAUGGUGUGGACUGCAGCCAGGUAGCUCUGUGUGGAGAAAAGGCCCAGAAUGACCCCAUCACUGGCAGAUGUGUUUGCAUCCCGGGACACAGAGGAGAGGACUGUCAAAAAACUUCAGGCUGCCCUCUCGGCUGGUUCGGGGCGAAUUGCAUCCAGCGCUGUAACUGCAGUAACGGAGGAUCCUGCAACUCACUGACAGGAAACUGCACCUGUGCUCUAGGCUGGACUGGGGAGCGCUGUGACAUCGAGUGUCCUGUGGGCCGAUUCGGCGUCAACUGUCAGCUGAAAUGUAGCUGUCAAAAUAAUGGCUCUUGUGACAAAGUGACGGGAACGUGUCAGUGCGGAUCAGGAUACUACGGACAUCUGUGUGAACACGUCUGCCCUCCUGGUUUCCAUGGUCCACGGUGUCAGCUGCAGUGCGAUUGUAUGAACGGCGCCACUUGUCACCCAGUAUCAGGCCACUGUAUCUGUCCUCCAGGAUAUCACGGGGCCCGAUGCCAUAAAGUGUGUGAGCAGGGAAGGUACGGUCAAGGCUGCAACGAGGUGUGUGACUGUGAAGACGACGCUCCGUGUGAUGCCGUGACUGGAAGAUGCAUCUGCCCCUCGGGGAAGACAGGGACCAGAUGUGACAUCGACUGCAGAGGUGACCGUUACGGGCCAGACUGCGCAGAGACCUGCGAGUGUACGAAUGGGGCAGAGUGCGACCGUCGCAGCGGUCGCUGCCUCUGCCCUCACGGCUGGAUGGGACUCUCCUGUCAGGAAGGUACAGCAGUGACUUCACACACACACACUGGAGGUGGACCCCAACUCCUCAGCUAUGGAAGCAGCAGAGGGGACUCCGUGCAUAACUCAUUAUAACAGCUCCACAGAGCUGGAAAACUGAAACUGGGACAGAUGAACAAUGAAAUGAAAAAGUCUGACAGGAAGCAGCAGCCUCUGUAGAGACUCUGAAGAGAACUGCAGCUGAAAACAAGGUUGCAACCUGGAUCUGUGGGAAAACUGUGACUAUAUUCCCAUAAGCAGAGUGCAGCAUCAGGACAUUAUUUGCAAGACCUCUUGUAAAGUCAUUUAAUUUAACUUUUUUGCAGGCACUGUAUAUUAAACCCUCCCAGGAGCAAUUCAUGCAGAUUUUAAUAGUGAUUAAAAGGCAGCAAUUUCCAAACGUUGAACCCAAAUUAUACCAUUUUUUUACAUUUCACUUUUAACAGCCACAAACUUUCAUAUAUUCACUUAUGAUUCAUGUCAAAGCAACACAAAGUAAUGAAUUAUUGUGAAGUCAAAACAGAAUGACUAAUGGCUGAAAAUCCAUUAAAAAUGUUUAUUUGUAUGCCACACCCCUCAGUCAAUUGACUAUAGAUUUUUAGCUGCAGCUGCAAAUCUGCUGGGGGUUUUUCUCCACCAGCUUUCUACAUGUGUAGACAUCUAUGAAGAUCAAUAUUUGCAUAAUAUGUUUUUUAAAUCAGACCUCAGUCUGUACUAUUUUAAAACUGAAAAACCUUGAUAUAAACUCCAUUAUAGCUGAAAUUUUAUGACCGAUUUUCCCCUAAAGGUUGACCAUAAUUUCUCAUAGUGUGUUCUCUGUGUAGCCAAUCAGAUCAGACUUGAGCAGAAUUGCAUCACCUACAUGAUCCUCAGAUUUUGCUUGCUGAGCUUUGGACCUUUACAGCUCAUCCAGUGGCCUCUUGUUUGCUUCUGAUUCUUUCCUUGCUGUUUGGCUUUGCAUUGAUCUGCUCCUUUUUGGAUAAUGGGUGGAAUAGUGCUUUAUGCAAAGCCAAAUUAAUUAAAUAAAUCCUCAUAAAUAAGCCCUUGCUGCCUGAAUUAACUUAAAUAAUAUUUAAAUGUAAUAUGCAAAUGAGAACUAUUAAGGGUAACUUUAAUGGCAGCAGCGUACCUCAGAUAUUGUUUGUUGUGUGUUUGGAAUAUGCAACAAUCUGUUUCUAUGGAUGCAUGUGUAUGUGGGCUACAUUACAAAUAUAUUAGGAGAAUUGAAGCCCAGAGUCUUGCAGGGACUAAUCUUCUCCAUAAUUAUGUUUGCCAUUUACCUCCAGGAAGCAGUUUGUUCUAAAGUUAACCCUCCAAGGCCUUCACAGACCGGCUGUAGUUGUACUAAAUUACACACAGGUAGAUACUUAGAUAAAUCAUAAAGGCAACUCUGUGCACAGGAGUUUAAGGUUGUCACAGUAACAAGAGCCACAACUUUAUAUUUGAUUUAUCAAACAUGGAUGGAUGGCUGGUUGGCUUUACGUACAGUAAUUUGUGUUGGCUGACUACAAAAAAAUGAAUCUAAUGUAAGUCUUGCACAAUGUAAAGGUUAUGAGUACAUUACCUGUAUCUCUGUUGAAUGAUGGGAUAUUACACACGCUUAAAUGUUGGACAGCUAAGUUAUUUUUUUUUUUUAUCUAAGUCACAUUAAAUGAAGCAACACAAUCUAGAAACUGUCCUAAAGUAGAUUCUGUGUAAAAAUUACUUCAUAUUUAUAUUUUGUAUGUUUUACAGCUGAUCAAUGAUCAAUGACCAAGUUGAGAAAUAAAGACAGACACACUUAGUUGGUUUA